AUCACGGGGCGUGUGUCUUGCUGGGACACAGUGGAGGGCUAAGCUUUGGUUCGCGGAGCGGUCGGGUGUAUUCUCUGCACGCCCCCACGCCCUCGAGGCCCCGGCACCCGACCCAACGGCGGAGGCGGCCAGCGCUUCCCGUGGCACCCUCGCGCACCGGAUCGCUCCUCGCUGGGGCGGGACCUGGCCCGGCGGCUCCGGUCACUAUGAGUGAAACAUCUUUCAACCUAAUAUCAGAAAAAUGUGACAUUCUAUCAAUUCUUCGGGAUCACCCUGAAAAUAGGAUUUACCAGAGGAAAAUCCAGGAACUCAGCAAAAGGUUCACCGCGAUCCGCAAGACCAAAGGGGACGGAAACUGCUUCUACCGGGCCUUGGGCUAUUCCUACCUGGAGUCCCUGCUGGGAAAGAGCAGAGAGAUCCUCAAGUUCAAAGACCGUGUACUGCAGACCCCAAACGACCUCCUGGCUGCUGGCUUUGAGGAGCACAAGUUCCGAAACUUCUUUAAUGCUUUCUACAGCGUGGUGGAGCUAGUGGAGAAGGACGGCUCGGUGUCCAGCCUGCUGAAGGUGUUCAACGACCAGAGCGCCUCGGACCGGAUCGUGCAGUUCUUGCGCCUGCUCACGUCGGCCUUCAUCAAGAACCGAGCAGACUUCUUCCGGCACUUCAUUGACGAGGAGAUGGACAUCAAAGACUUCUGCACGCACGAAGUGGAGCCCAUGGCCAUGGAGUGUGACCACAUCCAGAUCACAGCCCUGUCCCAGGCGCUGAACAUCGCCCUGCAGGUGGAGUACGUGGACGAGAUGGACACGGCCCUGAACCAUCACGUGUUCCCCGAGGCUGCCACCCCUUCCGUGUACCUGCUCUAUAAAACAUCCCACUACAACAUCCUCUACGCAGCCGAUAAACACUGAUGAAUUUUAGGCCACGCAGUGAUAUCUGUCACCUAAUGGGACUGCAUUCUGAAUGGAACAUUCCGGCUUUUCAAUUUUUUAAGUGAUCUAGACUGUAGCUAGAAAAUGUACUGCCUUUUGGGCAAAGCCACUGGGAACGAGGUCCACCCAUUCUGGACCGUGGUAACGGGGGUAUUUUUAGUAUUUAUUCUGAUGGAGGAUCAAAUGCUUUCUAAUUCCGGGCCAGGAACUGAGGGCCCCUGACUCUGCACCCCAGUUCCCUGUGAGACGCUGGGUGGGUCACCCACCCUGUUUGGACCUGUUUCUUCAACUGGAGGAGGUUCCUGCCAGCGUUGACAUUCCAUUGUACAAAAAUGGAGUCCUCUGGUUUCUCUUUACCAGAGGUAGUGCCUCUCCGCAGGGGAGGAAAACUCAAGGUCAGCUGUCUUAACUCAAGUGACUGACGUCCUAGGCCUACAAAAAAGGAUACAGUCCAGUCGGUUGUGGGACUGGGCUCUGGCGGGUGGGCUGUUGAGGUCAACUUGAAUGUGACGGCUGCGGUGUGGUUCCAAACAUUCAUGAGGGGUGUGUUUUCCUACCCCUAACUUAAGGAGAAAAAAGACUUUUUUGCCAAAGUCCAGAAAGGGGCCUUUAGCCUUCAGCAUGAAGCUCAAGUUGUUGGGGCCCUUCUACCUCUCUCAGGGCCAGAACUGGCUGUUAGUUUUGGCGGGUAGGCCCUUCAGGUUCUGCUGUCAGCCCCACCUGAAUAGAGGCUUAGGAAGGCUAGGGUCUGAUCCGAAUCUGUGUAUUUCUGUCUGUGACCAGGAAGCUGCAGCUGUCCCUUCGUCCCCAGCAUAUCCUAGAAGUAGAGUCUAGAUACUCAGCCGGGUAGAGAUGUUGGCACGUGCAGCCGAGGAGCCCAGCUGAGCAGAGCAGACGCUUUGCAAGGCUGCCCUAUGGCUUCUUUCUCCCACUCUGCUCUCUUUAUGGGCUGGUGAGGGGACGGGCGGGAAAGAACAGAGACAGCCGUGGAAACUGCCAGUGGGGAGAUUUCCAUCGUGGAAAUUGCCUGGGAACUCUGGGCAGCAGCUCUCUCAUUCAGCCCCCUGGACCUGCCUCCUUAAGUAACCUCCUCACCCUGCUGCCUCAGGACCUCCAAGGGCCCAUCCCUGGGCUGGCAGGCGAGGUGGCAGCAGGGGGAGCCACACACUGGCUGGGCUGAGGCGCUGCUAGCAACCUCUCCGUUUGCAGAAGGAAAGGGAAAAUGCAGGGUGUGGAAUUGCCCUUUGGGGUCCUUCCUUAAUAGAAGGUGGCCUUCUCACAGGUUUCCUUCUGCAGGGAUUUAUGAGACUCUAUUGGUGCUGCUGUAUGAGUCUGCUGACAACCCAACUGCGCACAAGGACUGAGUAGCACACUUCUCAGAGUCCUGUUGACACAAAUGAUGGAUUUGUGUCACUCUUCUGCCUUUGUGAAAAGCCAGUAGCACUCUUCAUGUCAGGGGCUUUAGUUCCAGGCAAGGCCCCUGGUUUCUAUACUGCCUUUGGCUGGAAUUUGGACCAAAGGGCUCCAGCUAAGUGACUAUGUCACUUCUCGACAGGAAUGUAAAUCUGACCCUCAUCCCCGAAUUUGUUCAGUGUCCCAUCCUGGCCUGGGUAGGUGUUGGGGUCUUUGACAAGUACACUGGAAGAGCGGGGAGAGCACACCACAUGUGUGAAUAGCGUCCUCUUUGCCGGGCAAGUCUCCAGGGAAUCCCUGUUGUGUGAACACACACGGCUUCUCUGAGGGGUUGUGAGGUGGCUCCUGGGCCUUCCAGCCGGUCCUCAAGCACAGUGGAAGCCAGCGCUAGCUGCCACUUCUCUGCAUUUGUGGCUUGUGUGGUGGUCUCAGCAGCAGAGCUCUCUGACACAUCAGCUGGAGAAAUUCCCUGUGAGACUUGCCUGUGCCGAGCUUCCAGGCUAGAGAUCCCACUGAGGCUCGCAGGGGACCCUCUUCCUGGCAAAGCAUCCAUCACUUUGGAGUCAGGAUCCCCAAGCUCUGGCAGUGGCAGGCCAAGUCAUUCUCUUGGGCUUAUUUAUCCUCUGCUUUCCCCUUUUUUUCACAAAACCAUUGGCCAAAUUCAAAGCACUGGCCCCAUUCCCUCCACGUUUGCCCUCAGAUCUGUCUCCAGGGGAAGGCGCUGUGGAAGAAGGGGAGUGGCAGGACUGGUACCUUGUUAAAAUCCAGUCAUCUGUGGACAUUCCCUCGCUCGUCCACAGCAGCCAGUCAUUCUGGCAGUCACACUUCCUGGAUAACCCUCCACCCUCACCCUACAGAGCCAUCUCUUUCUACACCAAAAGCUGGAAAGAAGGUUGCUUUGAGAGCUUGCUUUUAUAACUGCAUGUUUACUACUUUCUUUCCAAAGGAAACUUUAUAAAUCAAUAGGAAUAUAGCAACAGGAAGAACACUGGCUCUGCUUUUGACUGGGUUCCUAGUUUAAGCACAAAGGGGCUCUGGAGCCAGACUGCCAGGGCUCAAACCUCAGCUUUGCCACUUACGAGCUGUGUGAUCUUGGCCAGCUCACUUCACCUCUCUGAGUUCCAAAUCCCACAUGUAUGAAGAGGAGACAAAACCUACACAUCACAGGACUAUUGGUUAAAGUGGAAUGAGAUGUGUGAAAACAGCUGGAAUUUCUGACACCUGCAAGUACUGUACAGAUGAGAUGCUCCCGGGCCUACUCUUACCAAAGGCAAACAGAAGGGCACAGCAGGUGGGAAAGCAUGCCACCUCGGCAGUGAUUGUGGCUUCCCCAAACAGUGAGAGCAUCAAGGGACCAUUAGACAAGUCUAAGGGCCAAACACAUUUGCCACCUGAGCAGAAAUGGUGGGGGUGGGUGGUUGCCAGGGGCCCCAGGCCCUAUGGGAUGUGGGCCAAGCCCUACAGCUUCCUGGGCGGGUGAAAAAAUUUUCCUAACAUUAAAAUGGUUUCCAUAA